AUGAAAACUAUAGCAAGUAAAAUGGUCAAAGACUAUGAUAACCAUACAUCUACAAUAAAAUCAACUACAAGAAUCAUGGGUUAUCAGGGUUUUUCUAUCACUUGUUCCAUUAACAACGAAAUUUUUGUUCAUGGUGUAAUUCCUAUUGAAAAGGAAUUGUUAGACAGUGGUCGACCAUAUCUUUCACCAGCUAUUAUUCGCCAUGUUACUGAACAUAUUGGAGAAUCAAUCGUUAUGACGCAUUAUAGAAGUUUGACUCGUUUCAAUUGUGAUCGUGUUCCUAUUAAAGGUCCAGACAGUGUACCAGUAUUUAAUCCACAAACAGAUAACGGCGGUUGUUUUAUAACGAAGCAAUCCAAGAACAAUUGCUACGCAUACGCGGGACCUGUAACUAAUAGGGACAAUAUGGGUUCACUUAUCGCCAAUCCAUUAAAAUCGAAUUUUAUGCCAUGGACAUCAUUCUGUGCAUUUUUUAUUGCGCAGCCAUCAAAAGUUCAUAUCAAAUAA